UAGGAUGAGGCCUCGGGUCACCACGAAUUUCUUCAAUUUCCUGACGGCCAUGCCCCUUGUUGUAUUGUCAUCCAUGGCCCCGGUGACAGACACUGGACAGGAGAUGAAGAUCCUGAGAGCGAAAGGGAACCAUCUGGAGAACCAUGUAGAUACGGUGGAACCAUCGCCAAAGGGACCCAGGGUAGAUACCCAGCACUCGGGAAACGUAUCCACCGUGCUAGGAGGAACGGCUUCUUUACGCUGCCGAGUUCUAGACAGGGGUAAUAAAACGGUAUCUUGGAUUCGUCAUCGUGACUUGCACUUGCUUACCGUAGACCAGUAUACAUACACCUCAGACCAGAGGUUUCAGCCGAUGUACGAACCCUCCACUGGUGACUGGGUUUUGUUGGUGGUGUCAGUGCAGUCACGAGACAGAGGGGUCUAUGAAUGUCAGAUUGGUACAACUCCACCUAUCAGUCAUUUCGUCACACUUCAUAUAAUGGAACCACGGACUGAGAUUCUCGGAGACGAUUUGCACAUAAACCUGGGAUCUACAAUCAACCUCACGUGUUUGGUUCUGUACCAUGCUCGAUCACCGCAUAUGCUCGUAUGGCUGCAUGAAGGAAAGGAAGUUCAUUACAACUCGGCCCGCGGAGGUGUGACGGUUUUUACAGAGGCUGGUGAGGUGACCCGAUCUGCCCUCCUCAUCCAAAAAGCAACGUUGGCGGACGCUGGCAACUAUACCUGUAAACCCAGUGGAGCUGAUCCUGCUACGACUAGGGUACACGUGCUUCAUGGGGAGCAUCCAGCAGCUAUGCAAGGUAGUGCUGGAUCAGGGGGACGUCCGCGGGCGAUGGCGCUAUUACUGCUGGGUACAGUCUGGGUAUCUUGGUCAGGACUGCCCAGUCAUCUUAUUGCAUGGUCCUCUAAGUGUAUUUCUGUCAUUCUGGUCGUCUUAUCCCCUUCAUCAGAGAACGGUUGGGAUAAUUUUCUACCUCUUGCUCCGCUACCCACUUAAAACUAUAGGAUCCCCAAGAAGCUGCACUCUACAAAAAAAAAUUAUAAUAAUAAAUGUAUCUGCGUCUUGAAAUACUUUUUUUGUAAUUGUUUGGAUAUUUUUUCAGAACAAUUUUCCUCAGAAAAAGCAAUAUAUAAACAGCAUUCUCUAAUGUCCAGUGAUUAAAGAAUGCUGGAGAGCUAGAGACCCGAGCAUUAGGAAGUCAAGGAUCAGUAAGUAAGAUUUAAUUACAAACCGUUUUAAGAAAUCACUGGUCCCAGAAGAAAAGCUAAAUACUCUUCUUCUUCUUACCCACCGUUAUCCCUACAUUAAAGGGUCGGUUGCCUGAUACGUUUUCUCUUCCACUGGCUUCUAUCAAAGGCCUCAUCAAAGGAAAAGCUAAGUACUCUUCGGAAUUAAACUUUUUAUGGGAUUAGUCCCUUUCCAUUCGGACACAACGGCUCCUAAAAUUAGCCACACAAACAGUGGCAUAACCAUCCUGAAGUUUUGAAUUAAUUGCGUCUGGUAUACCUAAUAGCAGGUGACAGUAACGGUAUCAUUAAGGAAGAAAACGCUGUGAUUUCAUUAUUUCUCUAUGGAAUCAUUUACAACUGCAUAAAAUGUAAUUCUAGUGCACUUCAUAGUUAUUGCACAAUUCAUUGCGAAGAGAUGUAAAAAGAAAUGUCUAAAUUUUCAGUAAUUGUUAUUUCUUGGAAUUUGGAGGUGAAACUUUUUAUUGUAUGAUUUCAUUCCUAAGAAUCACUCAUCUUUCUGUGCUUUAUUAAUGGUUAAUUUGAUAUUCACAAUAAUGCACGACAAAAAAAAAUUUGUAUAAUUUCCUUGGACUUUUUGUACAAACCGUCAGUGGUACCAAAGCUGACUGAAUAAUGUUUAUAGUGAUACAUUUAAUAUAGAUUAAAAGGAUACAAUAGUUAUAACAUAGUGAUUUAUCAACACAAAAGCUUACUUACACAGGAAAUAAGGAUUAAUAUAAAUACUGACUUUUCCGGGUUUUUUUAUUCACGUAUUUAUUCUAACAAUGGUACUCUGAAUAUCAUUCCCACACUCUCCAAAAGUUCUACCGUGUCGUGUUCUCUACUCUCAAGUGUUUUAUAGCAUACUUGUAAGUGUCAUUGAGAAUAAAUGUCAAUGUUUGUA